GGGGGGCGUCCCUCGCUCUAGGCUCCUCCUCCCGUCGGGCCCCACCAUCCACCAGCCCUUGACUCAGCUUGGCAAAUUGGAGGCUUCCGCAGCAGCCCCGGAGCAUCGGCGGGCGCAACGGAGGCGGCUGGAGGCGCGCAGCCCGACGGCCGCGCCGAGCCCUCCGGGCAGCCGCGGCGCGCCUUGGAGCAGCCGGGGAGGCGCCGCGCAGCCCAGCCCGCGCCCCGGCGCGGUUCCGAGGGGAGGAGCCAGCGGCUGCAGCUGGGAAGGGGCGCAAGUGCGUGCGCCUGUGUAGGAGUGCGCGGGGGGGCACAGUCUCGGGCUAAGGCGCAGGCCCCCAGGCCUCCCCACGCGGGACCCCCGAGGCUCUGCAGCGUCGGUCCCGGCUCCCCGGCGUCCAGCAUCAUGGACUUGCGCGGAGUUGGAACGGGCCGAGGCAGCCAUCCGCGGGCAUCCGCCCGGCCCUGGGGAUUCGCGGGUGCACGCGCGGGGAUGGCGAGGUAGGAUGGCUGCCCUGAGCGAGCCCCGCCGCCCCGACGCAGCGGCCCCGGGCGGCGCCCGCGACUUCUGAGCGCACAGGCUGCGGGCGGAGGCGGCCCCGCCGCGCCCGCGCCCGCGCCCGCGCCCUGGCGAGUCGCUUUGCCUCUUCCACCCACUCGCACCUGCCACCGCGCGGAUACCAUGUCUAAGGCGGCCGGAGGCGCGGCGGCGGCGGCGGCGGCGGAAAGUUGUCCCUCAACCCCGGUGGGCUCCUCUGCGGCCGCCGCCGUGGAGGAUCUAUCCAAAGUGUCGGACGAGGAGCUGCUCCAGUGGAGCAAAGAGGAGCUGAUCCGCAGCCUGCGGCGCGCCGAGGCCGAGAAGGUGAGCGCGAUGCUGGACCACAGCAACCUCAUCCGCGAGGUGAACCGCCGCCUGCAGCUGCACCUCGGCGAGAUCCGCGGGCUCAAGGAUAUCAACCAGAAGCUCCAGGAGGACAACCAGGAACUGAGGGAUCUCUGCUGCUUCUUGGACGAUGACCGGCAGAAAGGAAAAAGGGUGUCCCGGGAGUGGCAGAGACUGGGCCGCUACACAGCUGGGGUGAUGCACAAGGAAGUGGCCUUAUACCUGCAGAAGCUCAAGGAGUUGGAGGUGAAGCAGGAGGAAGUGGUCAAGGAGAAUAUGGAACUCAAGGAGCUCUGUGUGCUGCUGGAUGAGGAGAAGGGUGCGGGCUGCGCAGGCAGCCGCUGCUCCAUCGACAGCCAGGCCAGCCUGUGCCAGCUCACAGCCUCCACGGCGCCCUAUGUGCGGGACGUGGGAGACGGCAGCAGCACCUCCAGCACCGGCAGCACUGACAGUCCUGACCACCACAAGCACCAUGCGAGCGGUGGUAGCCCAGAGCAUCUGCAGAAGCCCCGAGGUGAGGGCAGCCCAGAGCACUCCAAGCACAGGAGUACCAGCCCUGAACACUUGCAGAAACCCAGGGCCUCUGGGACCUCAGAUCACUCAAAAGCUCUCAAAGGACCCAGUCCUGAGCACCACAAACCCUUGUGUAAGGGAAGUCCAGAGCAGCAAAGGCAUCCACAUCCGGGAAGCAGCCCAGAAACACUGCCCAAACACGUGCUGAGUGGGAGCCCCGAGCAUUUCCAGAAGCACAGGCCCGGGGGCAGCCCGGAACAUGCCAGGCACAGUGGAGGGAGCCCGGAGCAUCUUCAGAAACACGCUCUUGGGGGGAGCCUGGAACACCUACCCAGAGCCAGGGGCACUAGCCCUGAGCAUCUCAAACAGCAUUACGGGGGGAGUCCCGAUCACAAACAUGUAGCAGGCGGAGGCAGUGGUGGAGGCAGCAGGGAGGGCACCCUCAGACGGCAGGCACAGGAGGAUGCAUCACCCCAUCAUCGCAGUGUCUACAGUGGCAUGAACGAAUCAACCUUGUCCUAUGUUAGGCAGCUGGAGGCCAGAGUAAGACAGCUGGAGGAGGAGAAUCGCAUGCUGCCCCAGGCCUCCCAGAAUAGAAGGCAACCUCCAACUAGAAACAGCUCAAAUGUGGAGAAAGGCUGGGGGCCCAGAGCCCGGCGGGUCUGGCAGUGGUGGCAAGGGUGCCGAGGAAUAGGACGAUGCCUGCCCACUCUCCCGGGUUCUUUUAGGUUGUCAUCAGGGGCUGAUGGGAGUAACAGUUCACCCAGCUCUCCAGCUAGCUUCAGUGGACAUACCACACCUUCUCAGCAGCCCGAACCCGUGGUACAUUCUCUUAAGGUCUUGGAUGUUCAGGAAACUAUAGAUCGUCAACAGGGUAAAGAGUAUGAACAUGACCUUAGUGAGACAGAAAAAGCUAUAGUCAGAGAAAUGUGCAAUGUUGUGUGGAGGAAACUUGGAGAUGCUGCCGGUUCAUGUCCUGGAAUUAGGCAACAUCUAUCAGGAAACCAGUACAAAGGACCAAUGUGAGAAGCAUUGUUUUUCAAACAUGAGAUCCCUACUUCCAGAGAGAAAUAAAAGAAAAAAAGAAGAAAAACUAAAGAGUGUGUUUCCACAAACCUGGACUCAUGGAAUAACAUGGACUGUACAUUGCACACAUCUCCCCUCUAAAACCUUCUAUAAAUCAAGCUGAAACUCGUGUCUCAUUUCAGUGUCCAAAACAGUUAAUCUCAAAUAAGGUAGCUCUAAAUAAUCACCAUUUGGUGUUAAUGAGUUCAGUAGAACUAAAGUGUUUUUAACUUCCCAGAUCUAGGAUUAUAAUUGGGAAAUCUGCAUGGUUGAAAGUGUCCAUUAGCAAUUCAGUGGUUUGAUAGAGAUGACUUGUUUCAUAUAGUGGUGGAAACUUUUUACCAUGUAGCAUUGAAGAUACGAAGAAGUGAUUUCCAGCUUCCCAGGGCUGAGAGUUGGGCACUUACCUCUUAUACUUCUUUUAAGAAUAUAUUAGUUUCUGAAUAAUAAUUAAUUGGGGUACGAGAGAUACGGUUUCUGUACUUUUGUUUUGACUGAGCUUUUUGUUUUCUCUUUUAACUGAGUAGAUUUCUAAAUAUGCUCCUGUGUGAUGGUGCUAAUAAUAAGAAAACAAAUAGUUAAUUUUACCACAUAAUUUUAUUACCAGCUAGAAGGGUAGCAAGACUUUGUAUAGUAUUUACCAGAGAGUACCAUUUAUUUCAGUUGAUCAAAAUAAGUAUAUAUUUUCUUUAAUCUUGAUGAGUUGCUCAAAAGAAGAACAUUUGGGGACAUAUCAACCACCAUAUUCAUUCAUUGUAUCAAUAAAAAAACAACUAUAAUUUCUCUGUUUAGAGCUGUGAGAUGUUAAUUUCUACAAUUUAGUUUCUAGACAUGCUGUAUAUUUAAUAAACUUUAUGUAAACUUUAAAAUAUUGCACUGCAUUUAUGAUAAAAGCUUUCUUUGCCUCCUGCAGCUAUUUAACGUUUUAUGAAACUAACGCAUGUCCUUCAUUACUGAGAUUAGAAGCUCUUGUUCAGAUUGCUUGAGGUUUGAAAAAGAGGUGUGCUAGCUUUGCUUAGUUUUUUCCUUAUUUCUGGUAUAUACAUAUAAUAUUAGAAUGUGUGUAUUGGAAAUGCUAUGAUAGGUAUUUUGUGUUUAUCUAAUGCAAUGAUAGUUUCUUGUAUGAAAGUGCAAGAAGCCUGUGACAGAAUGCUAUGUUUUUACUGUAGCUUAUUUUAAAAGUAGGGAUGCAACAAUUCCCAGUUUUCUGAUGUCUUCUAAAUUACUGAGGUUUGAUUCACAGCAAAUAUUCCUUCUUGUUGUUCUUUUUAAAAUGGGCUCAUUACACAGCGUAUUAAUUGUCAUUGGUGGAAGACUAAGAAAGUGUUUUGUUUUGCUUUUUAAAAAUGUAACUGUAAUAAAAAACCAGCCCUCUAUUUUCAGAAAAUAUUUAUGAAUUAAUUUACUAUAGGGUUAUCUCUAAUUAUAUUGACUGGGUUAGAGUUUAAACCCCUGUUUCUUUUCAAAUGUUAUAUUUUUAAAUGUUGUUACUCUGUAAAAGAAAAUUGCUUGCUAUCUUUACACCUUUUCUCAUAGGAGAGCUUUCGUCCUUAAAUUGUUGUAUUCCUACACUCUGAUAAUGUUUAAAACAAGUUUUGUGCCUGCAGCAGAGCCUGCAGAAGCUAAUCCAAGGGACACUAGUCUUUGACAAAAUACUUGUGUAAAUUUUGAUACUGUAUUAAAACUAUUUUUUUAAAGUUCCACAUAAAACUGAGUAUUAAGUAUAUGUGUUCAUCUUAGCAAUGGUAAUAAAUUAUUUAAUCUCACA